AAAGGAAGAAAAAAAAUGGUGAAAUUUGUCCUGAUAUUUGCUCUCUCACAAUAAGUUGAGAAUUUAGUGAGACUCAAGUUUGUUGUGUGAAAGAGAAACACGAGAUCAGGAAGAAUGCCUAUAGAAUCAUCUCCCUACUUCAAGAAAAUGUUAGCCUAUACCUGGAGUUCUCAAAGGCAUGUUUGGAAUUCUAGGCAGAAAUAGAAGAAAAUCUAUAACUUCGCUCAUCAGAAUAAAAGAGGAAUUGAAGAUACCUUCAUGUUAAAACAAAUAGUAAAUCUCAGUUUUGAACAAGUUUCAUAUAAGCAUUGUAUACACAGGUGUCAGUAGGACAUUGGUCAUUUCUGCACCACACCUCCGUGGCACAUACAAACUACUAAUAUUUCUUUAUAAAACAAUACAACCCCCCCCCCCUUUUUCUAAGCUUCCAGGGAUUGGGGAAAACAGCAUGUGUUUUCUGGGUUUAUGCCAUCACUUCACUUUGGGUGUGAGCCAAAAAACUUUGCAUCUUUCAGAGCUGAUUCUCCAGAGGGACUUUUAAGUGGCUAACAAGUAUUUCAUGCUUCAGAAGGGGGACAGCGAGGCAUCUCCCUGCUACCAUUUCUGAGAUCAUUCUCUAGCAUGCAUCAACGGGUCUUUGCCUCCGCACAUUGGGGGGGGGGGGGAGCUUGUUCUGCGUUGAUUAGUUCUAGGAGAGCCCUGUGAAGAGACUGGAACCCGGACCUCGAAACAGCCCAGACGGCAAACACGAAAAUGAGCUCAGCUUUGCUGGAAGCUAGUCGCUGCUCGUGGUGCUUGCCAGCAUGACGAUUCGCGUGAUUUCUUCCAGGCCGAGGACCACCUUUGGCAACUCGCUCUCCAGCAGUGAGUCUCGGUUACACACUUGCCCCACGGACUGUGAAACGGCGAGACAACGGUGCCGAACUGCCAUGCCACGGUUCUGGGGUCAGAGUAACCCUGGGGCGCCCUUUUCUGCAGAGCCUUGGGCUUCAUUUAUCCAGACCACAGUGAAGGCGUCCCCGGCCCACCUUCAUAAACCCUACCAUACUCCUGGCAAUUACGGGAACCGGCGAAGGGCCACCUACCCAGUACCAGUACCACUCUCACUCCUCCUCCUUCUCCUCCUCCUCCUCCCCCACCCUGCAAACCCAUAAGCAUCGCAUUCUCUCCCGGAAACAACCCUGCUGAGCAAAGGCGGAGGAAAACCUUGGGCCUUCCGCUCUGAUUGGUCUCCCCCCGCAGAGCUGGGCGAGGCAGCGAUUGGCUGCCGGCUGUUGUCAGUCGGAGGAGAUCAGUGCCAUCGCUGGGUAAGUGGAGCCGGCCGGGGCUUUGGUGCUCCCGCUGCCGCCGCGGCUGCUCCGCCUGGUGCAGCUGUGGCGAGCUCGCGCGGGGCGGCGGGCGCUGCUGCUGCUGCUGCUGCUGCUGCUCCUGCUGCGGGCGCUGCUGCUACGGUAGGAGGAGGAGGACGAGGUGGAGGAGGAGGCGGUGGCGGUGGUGGCGGCGGUGCAAGAGGAGAAGGAGGAGGCGGAGAAGUGAUGCUGGCGCCAGGGAUCCGGGCAGCGGCGGCGGCAACAGCAUCACCGCCGGGAGUGCAGCUGCAACAGCCCCGUUGCCAUCCAGCCGGGCGGCCGGCCGAAGACAACAAACCCAACUGAGAAACUUCAAGAACUAGAUAUCAGCCUCAGAGUAGAGGGACUAAGUGAAAAGAUGGCAGCUAUACUUUGAGACAAGAGCAGAAGUUCUCAUAUGAAGAAGAACCUGAUGACAGUUUGACUAUCAAAGGGUUACUGUACUGGUAGACCAAAGGGGUCCUGGUAGAUUAAACUGUGCCCGGAUUUCAUCAAGGCACUGUGCUAAGUACUGGAGAUACAAAUAAGAAAAGAAAGGCAGUCCCUGCCCUCAAGGAGCUUAUAAUCUAAUGGGAAAAGACAACACAUCAAAGGUGGGGGAAACAACAGGGGAAACCCAGACCCAGAAGGUAUCUUGUUCCAAGAAGAUGAAAUCAAGCAGACUUCAUAUGAUUCUCCUGUUCACUGAGCAACAACGUCUCUUUGGCACUCUCCUCUAAGUCCCCUCCAGAGUUACUCUCACCCUCAGGCAGAUGAAAACUGAACUUUGUAUACAACGCAAAAAGUGAAAAGAAAGAGGACAUGGCAUGCUCCAUAAAACAGAAAUAAGAGGAAGAUUUAUAAAGACAUGGAACCCAACAUCACAGGAAGGGAGAAAGUAGAGUGACAAGCCAGCUACCAAUACCUAUGAACAAUCUCACAGUAACUUGUAUUUGUCGAACUUUAAGAUUUUCAAGUAAUAUGCUGCCUUUGCAGGACGAAGAGAUGUUAAUGGUAAGAAGGCUAUUUAUUCAAUAUACUGCAUAGAGGAGCUGAAAAGACAAUGGCUUCAAAGGUCUCAUGUCUCUAUGUUUUGACAGUUGUGUGCUGGGCUAGUGCUCUUUGGUACCUAAGUAUAACUCGUCCUACUUCUUCCUACUCCGGCUCUCGGCCAUUUACUAACGUUGCUGCGGCCAGAAAGAAUGUUACCUUUGGUAACAUAAGAACUCGACCUAUAAACCCACAUGCAUUUGAGUUUCUCAUAAAUGAACCCAAGAAAUGUGAGAAAAGCACCCCCUUCCUUGUCAUCCUCAUUAGUACCACACACAAGGAAUUUGAUGCCCGACAGGCUAUCCGAGAGACGUGGGGAGAUGAAAACAACUUUAAGGGGAUCAAAAUCGCCACUCUCUUUCUCCUAGGGAAGAACGCUGAUCCUGUUCUAAAUCAGAUGGUGGAACAAGAAAGCCAAAUCUUCCAUGACAUCAUUGUAGAGGACUUCAUUGACUCCUACCAUAACCUCACCCUCAAAACUUUAAUGGGGAUGAGAUGGGUUGCCACUUUCUGCUCAAAAGCCAAGUAUGUCAUGAAAACAGACAGUGACAUUUUUGUAAACAUGGAUAAUCUCAUUUAUAAACUACUAAAACCUAACACCAAACCAAGGAGAAGAUACUUCACCGGCUAUGUCAUCAAUGGAGGACCAAUCCGGGAUGUCCGCAGUAAGUGGUACAUGCCCAGAGAUUUGUACCCAGAUAGCAAUUAUCCACCGUUCUGCUCGGGGACUGGCUAUAUCUUUUCAGCUGAUGUUGCAGAACUCAUUUACAAGACCUCACUCCACACAAGACUGCUUCACCUUGAAGAUGUGUAUGUGGGACUGUGUCUUCGGAAGCUGGGCAUUCACCCUUUCCAAAACAGUGGCUUUAAUCACUGGAAAAUGGCCUACAGCUUGUGUAGGUAUCGCCGAGUCAUUACUGUGCAUCAGAUCACACCAGAGGAAAUGCACAGAAUCUGGAAUGAUAUGUCAAGCAAGAAACAUCUCCGGUGUUAAGAUUUUUACAGAUGUAAAUAUCUUUUAUUUUCUCUUGCUUUCAUUUUGCUUUCUUUUUUUUCUUCCUGCCUUCUUCCCUUCCUUUCUCUAUCCCUUCCUCCCUCCCUUCUUUCCUUCCUUCCUUUCUUCUUU